UACCAACUAAGAAAAUUAAAUUAAUCAAUAAAACUAAAACACGGAAACUUGCAAAAGAGAAGGGAAUGAAUUAUGAAACAGCAACAGGAAAGAUGAAAGAAGCUAGAAAACUAAAAAUAAAUCCAUGCGUAGAGACCAUUACAUUAAUGAAGGUGAGGGCCGAAGACAAGUAUGUCAACAGUUCCUAAGAAGCACAUUGGAUAUAUCCCAAACUUAUUUGCUUUAUAAUCUAGCAAACUCUAAUGAGGGUAUUUCACAAAAAGAUAAACGAACUUGCCAUGCUGAUCCGAAAUACGACGAAAACACCUACAAUGAUGCCAAAAACUAUAUUGAAGAUCUACCGGUGUUACCAUCACAUUAUAACCGACCUCAAUCAACAAGGCUCUAUAUACCGCAGGACUUUAAAACAGUAACAAACCUGUACCGCCUGUAUGUGAAGUAUUGUGAAGACAAAGCAAUCACACAUCUUAGUGACCGACUUUUCAGGAAUCUUUUUUCUGAGUACAACUUAACCUUCCACGUACCGAAAAAAGACAAAUGCAAGCUGUGCGUUAAAUAUGAAAAUAAUACGAACGUAUUAAAUAAAAAGGAGACCAACGAAUAUCAAAAACAUCUCGAAGAGAAAAAUGCAUCCUACAAACGAGCUGAAGAACAUCGAAAUAUGUUAUGUAUUGAUAAUUCGACGGUGAUGGCUAGUUUCGAUCUACAGAAAGUUCUGAAUACCCUAUAUAGAAAAGACAGUAGAAAAGGCUAAAAAGAGACAAGAAGAAGAAAAAUUAGGAAAAAGAGUGAAAAAAAAUACGAAAAAGUAGAAUAAACUACGUGUUUUCUUAUGUUAGUUUCGUAAAAUAUUAUAAUUGUAUGUGCCAACUUAAUCAAAAAGUGAUUGUUUUAGUAAUUAAACUAUACUUUGUGUUUAAAAGUAAGAAACAGAAGUAAAAAUAAGGAGUUUAUUUUUGUUUAUUAAAUAAUUGUGAUUUAUUAUACACUUGGUUACUCGAUGAUAAGUGUUAUCUAAUAGGUAAUUAACGUAAUUAUGUUUAAAUUUUUGAGUAAAUUUAGUGUUUUUCUAAAAAGAACAAACCUUUUUUAUAAUUAAACGUGUUUCUGAUUAUAAUUAAAACAUGUUGUACCUUUUAA